GCGGAUAUCAGCGAUUUAGCUGCUGACGGGCUAGGCCGAACUAGUUCGUUGUCUUUGAUUUUUCGGAACGUGUUUACAAACGUGAGUGUUCAGCAACGGUCUGGGCUGUUCACUGUCCAGUUUUGGUGAAGAAUUCAUGCGUCCGAUGAUUGACAUGAAUUACUACACAUGAUCUCCACCUUCCAAGUUUAUUCUGUUGUGGACAAAUCUCUAAUGACUUUGCUUACCGUUAGUCAAAGGACGCUUUUGAAGUUUGAUAAUUGAAGUGUGACUGGAACAACCUACCAUACUUUUAGCCUAAAGAAAUGGAAACCUCAGCAACAGAAACUAUCCUGAUCACUGGCGGGGGAGGUUAUUUAGGAUAUAGGAAUUCAUAAAAAACGUGAAUGUUGCUGAAGUAUGCUCCGGCAUGAGAUUGGGUUGUGCCCUGCACAGGAUGGGCAGAAAGGUGGUCCUCUUUGACAUCCACAAGCCCAUUCAGCAAGUGCCUGAUGCAGUAGUCUUUAUAAAGGGAGAUAUUUGCAACUACCUGGAAGUAGAGGCUGUGUUCAGGAAGGUGGAUUGUGUUUUCCAUUUAGCUUCAUAUGGCAUGUCUGGAAGGGAACAAUUAAAUAAAAAACUAAUAGAGGACAUCAACCUUAAAGGAACAGAGCAUGUGAUCCAGGCCUGUCUGAACAAUGGGAUACCAAGACUGCUUUAUACAAGUACAUAUAAUGUUGUGUUUGGAGGCCAAGUAAUUAAAAAUGGGGAUGAAUCUCUCCCUUAUCUUCCGCUGCAUCUUCAUCCAGAUCACUACUCGAGGACCAAAUCUUUAGCAGAGAUGAAGGUGCUACAAGCAAAUGGCACAAAACUAAAGAAAGGCACUGGUGUUUUACAGACCUGUGCCCUACGCCCAGCAGGCAUUUAUGGACCCGGUGAACAAAGACAUCUUCCCAGAAUAGUUAAUUAUAUAGAGAAUGGACUCUUCAAGUUUGUGUAUGGGGCAGCAGACAGUCUGGUGGAAUUUGUCCAUGUUGACAACCUUGUUUCUGCACACAUACUAGCGUCGGGAUCUCUAACAGCAAGAAAAUAUCACAUUGCUGGUGGCCAGGCUUAUUUUAUCUCUGAUGGCAAGCCAGUAAACAACUUUGAAUUUUUCAAACCAUUAGUGGAAGGCCUUGGAUACAAGCACCCCACAAUUCGACUGCCACUCAGACUGGUCUAUUUUUUUGCCUUCCUCAUUGAAGUCAUUCAUUUUUGUGUAGGCCACAUUUAUAAUUUUCAGCCCUUUCUGACUCGCACAGAAGUCUAUAAAACAGGAGUCACUCAUUACUUCAGCCUGCAGAAGGCUAGAAAAGAACUAGGGUACAACCCGCAAGAACAUAGUCUGAUUGAAGUCGUAGAGUGGUUUAAAAAACGUGGUCAUGGGCGAAAGGUAACCAGGUACAACAUUAAACGCCUUAUAUGGGAUGUGAUUUUUUUAAUAUUGUUGUCCGCUGUUAUCAUGUCUUGGCUUCCAGUUGUUUCAGCAUCGUAUCCCAUGUAGUUCAAGUUUCACUAGACAUUCCUCACAGCUUGGACCUGAAAUUGGAAUGGUUUGAAAAUAAAGUCUGCAACAUGAUCUCAGUACUUUACCACAUUUAAAGAUUGCCAGACUGCACAACACCUGACAAACCACGGUACAUAUGUCAUGAGGACUCGAAACGUCAACUCUUUUCUUCUCCGCCGAUGCUGCCAGACCUGCUGAGUUUUUCCAGGUAAUUCUGUUUUUGUUUUACAUAUGUCUGGUUUAGUUUGCAAGUUGUUUAAAUGUGGCAUCUUGCCAAGUCCUCUAUUAGUGGUUUGUUUCUUUGUUAGGCAAGUCAUUUUUAGUGUUUUUAGUUUUAAAACAAUUUUUGAAUAAGGGAAAUCUAAGGACAAUUUUUUGCCAUGUAGGCAUUACAUUGUCUUCAUUGCCAUCUCUUCUUCUGGCACCCAGUCGCCUUUCGCAUGCAUAUUGAAGGACGCCAACUCCAUCUCCUUCACGAAUACAAAGGCUGUUCUUCAAAUCUUCAACUGUCUGUCGGACAGCAAGGUGCGCCAAAAUCCUCCAAUUUUAAUGUUUAAAUUCCCAAAAAUAUCAGAUUAAGAUUAAGGCAGGAGGGGCAAUUGCUGGACAAUUAAAUAUGCAAAUUGGAUUUCAGUUAUUUCAUUGGCACUACCAGCAGUUUUAACCUAAGUCCUGUGCUCAUAAGCCAUUAGGAAUUGGGAAGAGGAGCCAGGGCCAGAAGAAGCAUAAAAAUGGAAUUGAUUUCUUUUCCUUUAGUUGGUGGUGGAAUGCUUCAAAAAUGUAAUGAGGAAGAGAAGCCUUUGGAUGCGAGGUAGUAGUUAGUUGUUGAGGUGAGGCAUUGUUUUAGACGAGGGUGAAUCUGGUGGCUUUGACAGGAAGUGGCUGAAGAAUUUGAGCAAUUUAUAAUAUGUUUGAACAUUGGACUGAAGGAGGAUAGGUAACUAGUUAAGAGUUAUGAUGAGAAUGUGUCAACAAAGCAGGAGGUGGAUACUGUGGAGGAAUUCAAUCUGAUGAGGGCUGGGAUCAGGAUAGAGGAGAAACUUUAGCAUGGGACAACAGCAAUCAGGGUUAGUGUUGGUCAGGAAAAGUGGAGGGACUAAAAUGGGUUAAGACAGCUGAACAGAUUGCCUUGAUUUAGCAACAAAGGAGUUGGUUCAUAGUGGGGAAGGUUGGAAUUACCCUUGUCCUUCAUGUCUUGAGUAAUAAACUGGUUUGACGAUACUGAUGCAGAAGCAAUAUUUCAUUGGAUUGAAUCCCAUUUUUGUUCUUUUGAAUUUUGACUGCUGAGUUAAUGAAAAACAGAUUUACAUGUAUAAAUAUGAAAAUGAAGAGUUAAAAGAUGAACUGUAAGAAAUUAAUCAAAUAUUUUUCUAACAGACUGCUUUACGGUACUCCAGCAGUUUUCAAAGUGAUAAGGCAAGAGUUUUGGAGUUAUCUGAUGAAAUGGGUAACAAUUGGGAUAUUAACUUAAGUAUCAAGGUUAUUUGUAUUCUAAUUCUUUCAUGGAGAUAUUCACACCAUAAAGCACUUUACUGUCCAUAUUGAAAUUGAGUGAAACGGUUUAAGAGAUUUGAAGGCUAAAUUCCAGUUAAAUUAAUGUUAUGUUAUAGGCGUCUAUAAUUCUCCACAACAGGGUGACAUUAAUUGUUGUUGACAUCCUUUGAUGAUCUGCUUCUAUCACUGCUUGUUCGUCCCUACAACCACACCCCCACUCCACCUCUCUCUCUGCCCCCCACACACACACCUUAAACCAGCUUAUGUUUCAACUCUUUCUUGGACUCGAACUCAAGUUCUGUCGAAGGGUCAUGAGGACUCGAAACGUCAACUCUUUUCUUCUCCGCCGAUGCUGCCAGACCUGCUGAGUUUUUCCAGGUAAUUCUGUUUUUGUUUUUGUUUUUGACAUUAAAUGGUCACUAGGUUGACAUCAAUAUGUCACUCUUCAGCAUACCUCAGUGUUUCUGAUAAGUAAUUACUAUUUGAAGGGCAGUGUUUUUUUAAUCUAAGUAGCGAUUCUGCACCAGCAAAUGAAGCAUCAGUUAAUCUUUGUUUUGGAGGAAGAAUGUUGGUCAGGGCAAACCAGGAAGCUUUAUACUUUUUGAAUGGUGGCAUGAGAUCCUUAACUAAGAGCAGGAAAAUAAGAUCUGCAGCAGUACAGCGCUCAGCCAGAACUACGAUGUCAAUCCAGGAUAUGAGCUCAAAUUCAUUAAGGGGAUUGAAACCAAAUUUCCUACUGAGAGGUGAGAAUGAGACAGAAACAAGCUGACAGAUUGCAAAAAGCAAAAGAUUGGUUAGCCUGUAGCGAGUAACCCUCCCUCAAUCUUCCGCAGACGCUGAUGCAUGAAUUUAAAUUUAUACAUUAUCAUAUACCGGUAUUAAUGUGAUUUAAAACUGAGAGAAGUGUUCAGCCAGUUAAAGAGUGAGAGACAUGCUGAAAGAAAUUUAAAUUUAUUUAAUCUAACAAAGACUAUAUUACCAGGCUAAUAGGUAUGAGAUAAUUCUUUUGGCUUUUUAUCAAAUAUUGUAAAUCAUGUAACUAUUCUGCUAAAAUGUACAAAUUUUUCAGAUCUUAUUUUAAAUUCCAAGCAAUUUCUAGCAACCUUUUUUUUUGUUAACUAGAAAUGAUGAAAUUGAGACGGUGUUCAUAUCAAUGUGCACCGAAUGUGCAUCAGUGAAUUGAAACAAAACUAAUUUGAGUGUGACCAUUUAAAGACCUGCUUCUUUGGCAUAAUAAAAUUUUAUAUCGUUUGUGCAGAUGCAAUGCUGUAAUUUUUUCUACAAUUUACGAAAAUGUAACUACUUUUUUGUUCCACAAGUUCGUUAUUCUAGUAAUAGUUGUUGUAAAAAUAUUUGUACAGAUACUUUCCUUUUAUUAUUAAUAAAUAUAUCCUGUGAACACAA